ACUCUUUUAGGGUAACUGGAUAAUCAACAAACGUGUGCAGUUAAUUUCUUUUUUUACCUCAGUCGAAAGGCACUUAUUUUGAACGGAGUGAACCGGAAGUAAUAGGGCUUUAGCUGCGCAGCAGCCGGAGAAAAAGCGUCCAUUAUGGCUGAGACCCACAGUUUACAGGACCUCCAGCAGCCGACUGUGUCUUCCAAGGUGUUUGUCCAAAGAGACUACAGCUCAGGAACCAUCUGCAAGUUCCAGACCAAGUUUCCCUCCGAGCUUGAGUCAAGGAUUGAUAAGCAGCAGUUUGAGGAGACCGUCCAGACUCUGAACAACCUGUAUGCUGAGGCAGAGAAGCUUGGGGGGAAGUCGUACCUGGAAGGCUGCCUGGCUUGUCUGACAGCGUAUACCAUUUUCCUCUGCAUGGAAACACACUAUGAAAAGGUGUUAAAGAAGAUUGGCAGGUUUAUUAAAGACCAGAAUGAGAAGAUAUAUGCUCCUCGAGGUUUGCUGCUGACAGACCCAAUAGAGAGAGGCCUCCGAGUUGUGGAAAUAACCAUCUUUGAAGACAGAAGUAUUGGCUCUGGUAGAUAAAAAAUCUCUUGGCUGAUGGCUCUGCUCACAAGCAUAUUGAGAGGUCUUCUUCACCGAAAGGGAUGUAUAUAAUUUUGAUCUGACCCUUUUUUUUUAUUUAUAAGUACUUUUUGGCUGCCAAUCCUUUUUUGUUCUUAAAUGUGUUUUGAUUUCCUUUCAUACAUGAGGCUUGUACAUGCCACAUUGUAAUUAUUUGUACAGUUUUGUUAUUCAGGCUCUGUGCUCCAUCACUUGAAUAUGAAAUUCAGUUUUGGAUACUACGUUAAUGUUGAAUAUGCUAAAGAGAUUGUUCCUCUAACAUGUAGUUUCUGAAUUCUACUAAGUAGUUUUUGGCGAGCUUUGUGUUGUUUAUUUGUUCAGCUCAAAGUUAAAGACACAUUGUGGGUACAUUAAUGUAGUAGCUUUAAUUUGAGUUCAGCGUGAAAGGAAGUAGCACAGAACCUGAAAUAUAAAUGAUCUGGACUAUAUAAUUAUGCCUGAUUUGAUGACUGGUCCGUUGGUGCCACAGUGAUAAAUGCUACAUUUUGAUCAUAGUAAUCAUGAGUGAUUUUGACUUUUAUCUUUUUAACAAACCAUAAGAAGUCACAAAACGUGUAGUGUGGUAGAAAACUGUUGAGGUUUAUUUAUGUUUAGUAAUUAUGAAAUCUACAUUGCUCCACAGUAUUAACAUUCUGGCUCUAGCCUUUGUUGAGGAAAAUGUUUCUUAUCUGUGCACCAGUUUGAUUUUGUUAGUAAACAUACUUUGUGGAUGUUCUGAAUUAAUUGAAUUUGGUCACUUCAUAUAUGGGACAAGUUUACAAUUAAAUACAUCGCCAAGUAAUACUGCAACCCAAUAUAUAUAAGCUAAAAGUUCCUAUCUGUAGUUAUGACAUCUGCAUUUAAUGGUCACAUUUAACCAUCUUGUUACGUGUCACUCUCACCACAGAAACCUUAACCUGAACUUCAGCAAUGGCUUCUGUAGUUAGUGUUUGAUACCAGUCUAUCCUUUUCUCACAAAUGUGCUUCUGUUUUAUCUAAAUAAAUACUCUUUUCCUGA